AUGGCGAAGUUGCGGCCGCCCAAGCGGAUCCUCGAGUCCUAUACCAUCAAGGGCUCGGACAAAGUCAUCAAGCGUGAGUGCCCCUUCCGCCCUGUCCGAUCCAGAAUUUACGCGGGGGGGUGGGGGGAAGGGGGGUUUGCGGGGAUUUUUGGUGGCCGGUGGCGUAUUUCGGGAUAUGUGUCCGGGGUCUCGGUUUCCGGUCCCUGGGAUUCGGGGCGUCUUUACUUUGGGGUCGAUUGA